AUGUCGUCUUCCAAGGCCCCAAUGCUGGCCCUGCAGAUGCCCCAGCUCUUCGAGAAGAUGCGGUCGAACGACUCUGACUUGAGAUCCAUGGCUCUUAUCGACCUCCACAAGGACCUGCUCCGCGUGACCGGUCCAGCGACCGGCUCGAGCCUGUCAUCCAGUCAAUCAACGUCAUCCCGCAAGGCUGACGUGUUCUACACCGAUGAGCUGGUAGAAAAGGAGCUCACAACGGCGGUGUUGAAGCUGCUGGGCGAUCCUAUAGCCGAGGUGAAGAAUAUGUCGGUGUCGUGUAUCGGAGCUAUGGUUCGACGAACUCGGCCCGUGUACAUGAACCAGAUCAUCAAUGACCUGUUGAACGGUGCCGGGAACUCGGACAAGGAGAACCAGGAGAAUGAGGGAAAGAGGGAUAUUGCGUGCCUCGCACUCAAAGCUGCUGUGCAGGAGAUGCCAAGCGAGGGACAACCCGCUGCUCAAGCUGUGGAGAACAUCGUCAAUAAGGUCUACCCUAUCCUCACCAAGCCUUCACCCGAUCCGCAGCUCGCUUCCGAACUCCUCCAGAUUCUCGCCGACAUCUACAUCCGCUUCUCUCACAUCGUCACGACAUCGGAAACCCUCCAGGGUACCUCAAUCAACGCUUUGAUCCGGAUCCUGUCAUCCAGCAAGCUUUCAAUCCGGAGACGCGCGAUUCCCGCUCUGGGGGCUUUGGUCUCGACCAAUCCCGCUCUGUUCGACGGUGUCAAGCCCAAGAUCACCGAGGGACUGGCUGCUGGAGGCGAUACUGCCAAGGUAUGGUCCGCGGUGGUGGCAAGCUUGGCAAGGGGCCAAAGUGCGGCCAGGGUUGGGGCGCUUUUGAACGAGGGAAGGGUGGUCGACUUGAUCCUGGACCAAGCGGAGGACCCGGAGGAUGUGGAGACCACCGAAGGAGCACUGAUGGCUCUGGAAGUACUGGUUCUUCGAUGCCCAACGGAAAUCGGACCAUCCGUGACCAAGAUCACGAAUCUCGCUCUUGAGCUGGUCAAAUACGACCCGAACUUUGUCCAGCUCGAUGAUGACGACGUCGAGAUGGACGAGGACGAUGAUGACGAAGAUGACGAGUUUGAUGAGGAUCCAUAUUCGGACGAUGACGAUAUCUCGUGGAAGGUCCGGCGGUCCGCUGCCAAGCUCCUAUACGCCCUGGUCGGUACCCGCAACGAACUUCUCUCCGAGUUCUACAAGAACACCUCGCCUAUUCUGGUAUCUCGCAUGGACGAGCGAGAGGAGAGUGUCAGGCUCGAGAUCUUGUCGGCUUUCGGGGCUCUGCUGAAGCAGACCGCCACCGCGCAACAGGCAGAGUUGGCGAGUGGUGGGCGGAACAAGCGGAAGCGGACAGACGAGAUCGAGGAUGACAGCGAACCCGAGGACAGCGUGACCAGCGCUCUCCAAGCGACCCUUCCCCAAGUCCUCCGAGCCGUUCUCAAGCAGCUCAACAGCAAAUCCAUCGCUACCAAGCAGGAAUGCUUUGACAUCCUUCGCCUCCUCUCCGAAGUCAUUGCUGGCGGACUCGAGGCGGAUUCUGCCCAGAUCUGCUCAGCGUCUGUGUCUGCGCUCAAAUCCGUCGAUACCGCUACGACCUCCUCGCUCGCCAUCUCUGCCCUCUCCUUCCUCACCGUUUACUUCCGGUCCCACCCUUCCCGCGCAUACGCCAAAUACCUCAAGGACCUCGUCCCCGCCAUCAUCCGGUGCAUGAAGGACAAGCUCCAGCGGAUCAACUUUGAGGCCUUCAAUGCUGCCUCGGCUCUGGCGCAGUCCAUCAGGCCCCUUGGCUCCGCUUCGCCAAUCAAAUCCGACCUUACUGGCCCGGUCAAAACGCUCUUCGCGGCCACCUCGGACGUCAUGGGCGAUACGACGGUCGAUGCGGAGGUGCGGGAGAAGGCACUGGAGACGCUCGGAAACAUCCUGGUACACGAGGGUGAUGCCCUGACUGGGACAUACGAGAAGUCUCUUCCGCUCAUCACCGCCCGCCUUGGCAACGAGUCCACAGCCAUCACCGCCGUCACCGUCAUUGGCAGGAUCGCCGAGUCGCCCCUCUGCAAGGGCAACACGGUCGACAAGUGGCUGCUCGAGGUCCUUCCUGAGGUUGUCACCGUUCUUCGCCGCUCCCGGCGGUCCACCGGCAAGAAUACCGAGUACAACUGCCUCUCUGCCAUCCUCGGUCGGAUCGGCGCCAAGCUGCCGGCAGCUACGGCCGACUCGAUGAUCGGGGAACUCUCACCAUUCCUCGCUCAGCCCACAACUAUCCAGACCGUCGGUCUCAUCCUCGGCAAGCAGCCCAAGGCUCGCGCAUCCGUCACUGCCCUCCUCCCCAAGGUGUACGAGGUCAUCAAGACCCCCAUGGCUGCGAACGCACACCAGGUCGAGGCGCUCACGACCUUCUUCUCGGCGUACGUCGCUGGCGAUCCUGAUUCGGCGACACAGCUCGUACCUCAGCUGGUCGACAACCUCGGGAAGUCGGCCAAGAUCCCCGAUGCUGUUCAGGGCGGAACGGGGAUCUACUCGACUACCGCUCGGGUCAUCGGUGCGAUCGUUCAGACGAGCCCGAGGAACGCCGCGGGUGUACUUGCCUUGUUCCAGAAGACUAUCAAGGCUGCCAAGGCACCCGAAGCGGAGAUCUACCUCGCGCUCCUCUGCGUCGGCGAGAUUGGUCGUAUCGCGGACUUGUCUGCAGAUGCCAAGCUCUUCUCGAAGGUCACCUCGUUCUUCAGCAACGGCAGUGAAGAGGUCCGUAGCGCUGCUGCUUUCGCCGCUGGCAACCUCGCUGUUGGGUCACAAACCGUCUUCCUCCCUGCCCUUGUCGACCUUAUCGGAUCAGAGAAGAGCCCUGCUUCGCGUCUGCUGUUGUUGCACGCACUGAAAGAGGUUAUACUCCACCUACCUUCCGCUCGUCUUGAGCUUUUGGCCGACUCCCUCUGGAAGCCACUUUUGGCGGACGAGAGUGGAGGCAAGGGCGGCGAAGAUCUCGGCGAUGAUGGGGUCCGGAACGUCAAGGCGGCGUGCAUCGGCAAGCUCACCACGACUGCUCCUGCCAAGUUCUUGCCCCAGCUCCAGAAGCUCCUCCGUUCAGGUGCGCGCAACCGGGCUAUCGUCGCUGCGGCUGUUCGAUACACCUUCAUCGACACCAGCUCGAGUUACGACGAGUUGAUUGCGCCCCUCAUCGUUGAAUUCUUGAGCUUGAUGCACGAUGAGAACUUGGUUGUCCGCCGAUUGUCACUCGCCUCACUCAACGCGGCAAUCCAGAACAAGCCGCACCUCGUUAAUGACCGCUUGGCUACGCUUCAGCCGCUGCUGUUCCAGGAAACGGUGGUCAAGCCUGAGCUGCAAAGAUCAGUCAUGAUGGGCCCCUUCAAGAUCAUUGAGGAUGAUGGUUUGGAGAACAGGAAGACUGCGUACGAAACAAUGUACACUCUAUUGGCAACUUGCUUCAACAAGAUCGACCUCCCGACCUUUACCGACCGCGUCAUGGCUGCCUUGUCAGACGUGAACGAGAUCAAGGUGCUCGGUCUCAUGCUGCUCCUCCGUCUUGGCCAGCUCGCGCCCAACAGCGUGAUCCCGAGGUUGGACGAGGUCGCCGAGGCGGUACAGGGGAUCAUGAAGGAUAUGGAGGUGAAGGAGGACACCAUCAAGCAGGAUCUGGAACGGAAGGAGGAGAUGCAGAGGUCGACUUUGCGGACUGUCGUCCCCCUCUACAGGAUGUCGACCGCCCAGCAGGCGCCCAACUUCCACGCAUUCGUCGCGCAGCUGCUCAGCCAAAACCAAUGGAAGGAUUACAAGGAGUACCAGGCGUAA